AUGGUCAACAAAACCGCUGCACUGAAAGGUGCUACUAAGGUGGAAGCUUUGGUGUUUUGCAUGGGACACCCUCUCAUCAUGGUGCUGAGUCACCUGUGGACACUGGGACAUGACAAAUUUCUGAAUGCAAAAGUAAUCCGCUGGCGCAUGAUCACGCCCGGUGCGCGGACCUUCCUGCACGUCAUUUGUGGUCGCUUCGGUUCCACCGCGCACCUUAUACUCUGCACCUUCGCCCUCCUCAACAGUCUCUACAUUGUCGCCACGACCAUCGAAAGUAUGCUUCUAUCACAUCUUCCCUUGCCUGUACGGUUGAAGAGACAAGGCUAG